AUGGACCCCCCACCGAAGCGACGGAGACUCGACGAGCCGCCUCCACAUCCAAGAGAUGGGUGGUUGAGUGAUGCAUCAAACACUGGACCUCGCAGUAGUCAUUCAACGAGCGUCUUCGAUGGCACAGGCAUUUCGACUUCCCACGGCGAUUUUCGUGUCGGACGCGAUGUCAAUAUCUUUACGAAUCACGGUGGCCACUCACAGCCUAUUGAUACCAGAAGCGCACUUCUCGAGUCGCUCCGAUUCGACCAGAUCGAUGCACGCCGGCUGACCAUCAAGAAUGCUUACUCUCACACCUGUCGCUGGUUCCUGGAGACCGAACAAUACAAGCAGUGGGACGCCAGGGGAUCCUUGCGCGGCCGCCAUAAUGAGUUUCUGUGGAUCAAGGGCAAGCCGGGAGCUGGAAAGUCGACCCUUAUGAAGUUCCUACAUGGCCACAUUUCCAAACAGAUCACCAAAAAUGCCAGGAAGGAAGCCCUCAUAUCUUUCUUCUUCAAUGCGCGGGGCCAAGAUUUAGAGAAGUCAAUUGCUGGCUUAUACCGCUCCUUGCUACUACAGCUACUGGAUAUGAAGCCAGAUUUGCAAUACGUCCUAGAUUCGUUUAGACCAGGUCAUGAAUGGACAAUUGAGUCACUUACGUAUGUCCUGGAGGAAGCUGCUCAAGGCCUUGGAGAGAGUCAACUUGUCUGUCUAAUUGACGCACUGGAUGAAUGCGAUCAAGGCCAGGUCCGCGAUAUGGUUACCUUUCUGGAAAGACUCACACUGGACCGGAGCUCACUACGUAUAUGUUUUGCCAGCAGACACUAUCCGUUUAUCAACAUACAAACAGACCUCAGUACCGUCCUCGAAGAGCGCAAGGGCCAUCAGGAAGACAUAACAACAUAUCUGAAUAGCGCACUACGGAUUGGUCGCAACAAGCGUGCUGAAAAGAUUCGCUCUAGACUGCAGGAAAAAGCAUGCGGUGUUUUUAUGUGGGUUAUCCUCGUAGUCGAUAUCCUGAAUAAAGACUACAACGCUGGGGACGUACUUGAGCUCGAAGAUAGGAUCGAACAGCUACCCGGAGACCUUCAUUCGCUUUUCCGCGAUGUACUGACCCGCUAUACGGAUAACCGGAAAGAGCUUCGGCUGUGUUUUCAAUGGAUAUUGUUUUCAAAGCGUCCUUUGACCCCGUCACAGCUAUAUAUUGCGAUAUUAUCGGGAUCGAAUCCAAAAAGAUUAUCCAAAUGGAAUCGUGAUGACUUCGAGGAAGCUGAUGCCGAAAGAUAUAUACUUGAUAAGUCGAAAGGACUGACUGAGUUGACCAAGUCCAAAAUCCCGACCGUACAGUUUAUGCAUGAGUCAGUAAAUGACUUCUUACAGAAAGAGAAUGGUCUUAUUUGGCUGUUUCCCGAUUUGGAGGCUAAUAUCGAAGGAUAUAGCCAUGAGGCACUCAAAGAUUGCUGCUUAGCAUACACGAGCAUCGUGGCCGAUCAGUUUGCGGUCGAGUCAUCAAAGGAGUUGUCUCGCUACAAAGCGAUUCGUGCAUUUCCGCUACUGGAAUACGCCAAUCCAGGUACCUUGUAUCACGCUGAAGAGGCGGGAAAAUACGGGAUUAAGCAAUGCGACUUUCUGGCAAACUUUCCACGAUUGGAGUGGGUGCGACAACGAAACAUCCUCGAAAAGUUUCAAAAUCGUUGGUACACACUGCAGGUCAGCCUUUUAUACAUUCUGGCUGGGGCCGGGCACUCGACGCUGAUCAGAUCCUACGAAAACCGCCAGUCAUGUUUUGAGAUUGAAGCCGAGCGUCACAGAAUUCCGAUUUUGGCAGCCAUAGCAAGGGCGCAGAGGCCAACAGUGCAGGUGAUGCUAGAGCUCGAGGCAAUCAGAAUGUCAUCUCUUAAUUUUGAAGAGUUCUGCGGCCGAUAUCCACCACGACCAGAUGAACCGUCAACACUAGACUUUCAGUUCAAGGCUGGCCAACAGAUACUUCCUCAGCUUGUUGAGCAUGGCAGCGACUUUGUUUCUAUGUUCUUCCUCAUGUCGAGGUGUGCAGAACUGACAGAGAAAGAGAAAGACGAUCUGUUAUAUUUGGCAUUGAAAUUUAACAGACCGGCGACUUCGAAGUUUCUCAUCAACUGCGACUCUCGUAUACCGGAGACCUUUUCGGAAGGCAUGACGCCACUGCAUUAUGCUUCUUCACAAGGGAAUAGCGAGCUAGCAAAGUUGCUCCUUGAUCGUGGCAGUGACGUGUUAGCAAUCAACAAACGUGGAGAGACAGCAUUGCAUCUAGCUUCAUCAGUUGACAUGGCUAAACUUCUCAUCGACUACGGAAGCAAUAUUGAGGCUAUUGACGGGCAAGGUCGCACCCCCUUAUUGAGCAUGUGCAUUAAAGGGUCAAUCGCAAUGGCUACAUUUCUCAUCAAGAGCGGCGCCAAUGUGUUGGCUACUGACAAGAGAGGAAAUGCCCCAUUGCACGAGGCGUGGCGAGACAAGUCAGCUUUACUGGCCAUGCUGCUCGUCGAGAAAGGUGCUAAUGUUUCUGCUACCAACGAGAACGGAGCAACACCAUUACAUGAGGCAGUGUGUUGGAGUACAUCAUCGUCAGUGGCAUUGGCUAAACUUCUUAUUGAUAGCGGUGCGAAGGUUUCCGCCACUAUCAAUAUAGGAGAAACCCCAUUACACAGGGCAUGCUUGAGGAAUUCGUCCGCAAUGGCCAAACUUCUCAUUGACCACGGCGCCAGUGUGUCGGCCAUCGAUCGGAACGAACGCACACCAUUGCAUUUUGCUUGCGACUCAGGGUCAGUCGGAGUAGCCAGAAUUCUUGUCGACAACGGGGCCAAUGUGUCGGCUAUCACAAAGGAUGGAAAUACACCAUUACACAAUGUGGCGCAGUGGUCAAGGUACUUCCCUUCCAGAAUGGCAAAAUUUCUCAUCGACAAUGGAGCCAGUGUGUCGGCCCGUAACCACAAAGGAGAAAUCCCAUUACAUCGAGCUGUAAGUGGAAACUUGUACGGAACAGAAGCGAGAGAAAUGGUCAAACUUCUUAUCAAAAAUGGCGCAGAUGUAUCGGCCGUUGACCAGAACGGAGACACAUCAUUGCACCACCUGGGUGCAUACUCAGCUGAAGUGGCCCGAGUCUUGAUUGAUCACGGUUCCAAUGUCUUGGCAACCAAUAAUGACGGACAGACGCCAUUGCAUUGCCUUGCGAGAAGGGAUCACAAUGGCACGUUGGUCAAGCUAUUGAUUGACCAUGGAGCUGAUGCGUCAAUUGGCGAUCACUAUGGAAAUACACCAUUACUGGUGGCUUCCUCUCUGGGGAAUAUUGCAAUAGUCCAUUUACUUCUCGAUUGUGAUGUUGAUGUUUCGGCGGCCAACAAAGACGGGAAGACACCAUUGCUGGCAGCUUCAUCAGGGAAGCAUUAUAACGUAGUCGAGCUACUACGUGCGCACAUACACCUAGGUACCUAG